GGCCCGCGCAGCGCGUGCGCGGCUCUCGCGAGAGCGCGUCCCGGCCCCAACAUGGCGGAAGAGGAGGUGGCCAAGCUGGAAAAGCACCUGAUGCUUCUCCGCCAGGAGUAUGUGAAGCUGCAGAAGAAACUGGUUGAUACGGAGAGGAGAUGCAAUCUUCUGGCUGCUGAGGCCAACCAAGACAAUGCCAGUGACACCUUCAUCAGUCGGCUUCUGGCCAUUGUAGCUGAGCUCUAUCAGCAGGAGCAGUACAGUGACCUGAAGAUAAAGGUUGGGGACAGCCACAUCAGUGCUCACAAGUUUGUCUUGGCGGCACGCAGUGAUGCUUGGAGUCUGACCAACCUUGCCUCAACAGAGGAGCUGGAUCUGUCAGCAGAUGCUGACCCAGAGGUAACCAUGGCAAUGCUGCGAUGGAUCUACACAGAUGAGCUGGAGCUAAGGGAAGAUGAUAUCUUCUUGACACAGCUUAUGAAACUAGCUAAUAAAUUUCAGCUCCAGCUACUUAGGGAAAGGUGUGAGAAAGGAGUCAUGUCCCUAGUCAGUGUCAGAAAUUGCAUUCGCUUCUACCAGACUGCUGAGGAGCUGAGUGCCAGCACACUGCUCAACUACUGUGCUGAGAUCAUUGCCAGUCACUGGGAUGACUUGCGUAAAGAAGAUUUCAGCAGCAUGAGUGCUCAGUUGUUGUACAAGAUGUUCAAGUCCAAGACAGAAUAUCCUCUGCACAAGGCUAUUAAAGUUGAGAGAGAAGAUGUGGUCUUCUUGUAUCUCAUUGAAAUGGAUUCACAGCUUCCUGGGAAGCUGAAUGAAUUGGAUCACAGUGGAGAUCUUGCUUUGGAUCUAGCCCUUGCCCAAAGGCUGGAGGGUAUUGCAACCACAUUGGUCAACCACAAGGCUGAUGUAGACAGGGCAGACAAGAGAGGCUGGAGUCUGUUACAUAAAGCCAUCCAGAGGGGAGAUAAGUUUGCUGCCAGCUUUCUCAUUAAAAACGGUGCCCGUGUGAAUGCUGCUACCUUGGGAGACCAGGAGACUCCUCUGCACCUUGUGGCAUCCUACAGCCCCAAGAAGCAUUUGCCAGAUGUCAUGGCAGAGAUGGCACAGAUAGCAGAGUCCCUUCUCCAGGCAGGAGCCAAUCCAAACAUGCAGGACAGCAAAGGAAGGACCCCACUGCAUGUAUCAGUUGUGGUCAGGAAUGAACCUGUCUUCAGUCAGCUUCUGCAGUGCAAACAACUAGACUUGGAGCUGAAGGAUCAUGAAGGAAGCACAGCUUUGUGGCUGGCAGUUCAGUUUAUCACUGUGUCAUCAGACCAGUCUGUGAACCCCUUUGAGGAUGCUCCGGUUGUGAAUGGAACCUCCUUUGAUGAGAACAGCUUUGCAGCAAGGCUGAUCCAACGAGGCAGCAAUACAGAUGCUCCAGACACACUGACAGGAAACUGCUUGCUUCAGAGGGCAGCUGGUGCAGGAAACGAGGCAGCUUCCCUCUUCCUAGCAACUCAUGGAGCAAAAGUCAACCACCAAAACAAAUGGGGGGAAACACCACUCCACACAGCCUGCAGGCAUGGCCUGGCAAACCUGACAGCAGAACUUCUGCAACAAGGAGCCAAUCCAAACAUCCAGACAGCAGAAUCAGCUCUUGGGCAGAAGGACAUGUUUUCCCCAACAGCAGAAAACAUGUACCUGCAAACUCCCCUCCACAUGGCUAUUGCAUACAAUCACCCAGACGUGGUCUCAGUCAUCCUGGAGCAGAAAGCCAACGCUCUUCAUGCAACCAACAAUUUGCAAAUCAUUCCUGACUUCAGUCUGAAGGACUCAAGAGACCAGACUGUGCUGGGACUGGCACUUUGGACAGGCAUGCAUACGAUAGCAGCUCAGCUGCUGGGCUCUGGCGCAUCCAUCAAUGACACCAUGUCGGAUGGACAGACUCUGCUGCACAUGGCCAUACAGCGCCAGGACAGCAAGAGUGCACUCUUUCUACUGGAACACCAGGCAGAUAUCAAUGUCAGAACGCAGGAUGGAGAAACUGCCUUGCAGCUGGCCAUAAAGAACCAGCUCCCACUUGUUGUUGAUGCUAUCUGCACCAGGGGAGCAGAUAUGUCGGUACCAGAUGAGAAAGGAAAUCCUCCUUUAUGGCUUGCCUUAGAAAACAACCUAGAAGAUAUUGCAUCAACUCUGGUCAGGCAUGGCUGUGAUUCAACCUGUUGGGGGCCAGGACCAAGUGGCUGCUUCCAAACCCUUCUUCAUAGAGCCAUUGAUGAAAACAGUGAGCAAAUAGCCUGCUUUCUUAUUCGCAGUGGUUGUGAUGUGAAUAGUCCCAGGAAGCCAGGUCCAAAUGGAGAAGGAGAAGAGGAAGCCCAUGAUGGACAGACACCCCUGCACUUGGCAGCCUGCUGGGGACUCGAAGAGGUGAUCCAGUUCCUUCUGGAGUUUGGUGCCAAUGUCAAUGCUCAGGAUUCAGAAGGAAGGACUCCAAUCCAUGUUGCCAUUAGCAACCAACAUAAUGUCAUCAUUCAGCUGAUGAUUUCCCACCCAGACAUUAAGCUGAGUGUACGUGACAGGCAGGGGAUGACUCCCUUUGCCUGUGCCAUGACUUACAAAAACAACAAAGCAGCUGAAGCAAUUUUGAAGAGGGAACCAGGAGCUGCUGAGCAGGUUGACAACAAGGGCCGAAACUUCCUGCACGUGGCCGUGCAGAACUCGGACAUUGAGAGUGUGCUGUUCCUGAUCAGUGUCCAAGCCAAUGUCAACUCACGGGCACAGGAUGCCUCCAAGCUCACCCCUCUGCACCUGGCUGUGCAGGCUGGCUCAGAGAUCAUCGUGCGCAACCUGCUGCUUGCAGGUGCCCAGGUGAAUGAGCUGACUAAGCACCGUCAGACUGCUCUGCACUUAGCAGCCCAGCAAGAUCUGCCCACAAUUUGUUCAGUCCUCCUGGAGAACGGAGUAGACUUUGCAGCUGUAGAUGAAAAUGGCAAUAACGCUCUUCAUCUGGCAGUGAUGCACGGUCGAUUAAACAACGUCCGGGUCCUCCUCACAGAGUGUAAUGUGGAUGCAGAAGCCUUCAACAUUAGAGGCCAGUCACCAAUGCAUAUUUUGGGCCAAUAUGGGAAGGAUAAUGCAGCAGCCAUCUGUGACCUCUUCCUGGAAUGUAUGCCAGAAUAUCCUCUAGACAAACCUGAUGCUGAAGGAAACACAGUGCUGCUGCUGGCUUACAUGAAGGGAAAUGCCAACCUGUGUCGGGCAAUAGUGAGAGCUGGGGCAAGGCUUGGAGUCAACAACAAUCAAGGAGUCAACAUCUUCAACUACCAAGUUGCCACAAAACAGCUUCUCUUCAGGCUGCUGGAUAUGCUGACAAAAGAACCUCCCUGGUGUGAUGGCUCCAACUGCUAUGAAUGCACUGCCAAGUUUGGAGUCACAACAAGGAAGCAUCACUGCCGACACUGUGGACGCCUGCUCUGCCAUAAGUGCUCAACAAAGGAGAUUCCUAUCAUAAAAUUUGAUCUGAACAAGCCAGUUCGAGUUUGCAACAUCUGCUUUGAUGUCCUGACUCUGGGAGGUGUCUCCUAGUUAUCUGUGAAAGUGAAAGGAUUCCCAGUCAGUGCUCCUGACAGCAGCUCUGCUUACAAGCCCUCUGGAGAGGGAAGAGGAGGCCUAUACAUCUCAUCUGCAAUAGACUUAACUCAUUAAAGACACUUUUCUGAUAAUAUUAUGGCAUAAAUGACUUUGUAAAUGUAUUGGGUUGUGAUAGACUUCACCAGGAAUUCCAGUGGCUCCUCAAAAGCAAGUGAUAAAAACUUAGACCCUCUUCUAGUCACAGUGGGGUAUGGAAAAAACUGUUCAGGCUGGUGUUGGAACGACCAUUGGAUAGGUCUGUCCUUAAUGUGGCGCUUUGCACUGAGCAGCUCUUGAGUUGUGUGGUUUUCAGGCUGCUUAGAGCUGGUGUUAAGCUUCAGGGUAACCGGGUACCUGUCUUUGCUUUGUCUCAGAAAUGUUACCUUGCUGUAAAGAAGACUCCUGUGAAGCUAGACUGUGCUGUAGCAACUGCUGUACAUGCCAAGACACUCUUCAACCCAGGGGAAGUUCUAAGCAUAGCUCCAGAAUCGUGGCCUUAAAACAGAAAGCUUUACACCAGUUGAUGCAAAGCAGUCAGAAUAGCAGAUCCAUGUCUUGAUACCACCUCAGUGUCUGAUUAGCUUUAGCACAUUCAAAAGUGCAAAACCGUUUGUAUCCAGUAAAUGUUUUUGCUAGGCUGUGGCUCUUCUAGAGCUCUCAAAGUCUACCAUGUUGUUCUCUCCUGUUCACAUUUCUGGUCCUCCUUUGCAUGAACAAACACUGGUGUGCUGAAAGGCCUGAGUGCAGAAACACUACAGCUGGUGAAGUUGGUUCACUCACAAUGUAGCAAUAAAGGCUGAAGUGUGCCAUCAGGCCCCUGAGGCACUUCCUUUGACUGGGACACUGGUUGAGCAGGAGAGUAAGUAACCUGCCACUGUAGGUUGUGCUGUGCCUCUAGACAUUAAACUUGGGUCCAUUUUCAGCAGGAUUGCUGGUGAGUAGGUUUGUACCUGGAGGCUUUAUGGAGCCUCUGACCUUGAAGGGAAGGCUUCUGGCACUGCACUGUCAGUUGAGACAUUUGGGUUAAGCUGCAGGCUGGCCAUACUAUUAAAUGUGCUCAAUCUGUGACAGAUCCAACAGCACCUUGCUGUUGGUACUCUGCUGAUACACAAGGCAGUAAUUUGGUGGGCACAGGCUUCAGUCAAAAAAGCUGUGUACUUAAAACUACUUGGCAUUCUGAACUGGUCUGCAUUCAAGGACUUGUGUCCACUGUGCAACAUGGACAGGUUGGUGACACGUUGCCCUGCUUGGCAUAGUGGCUUGUCAAUCUCAGAGUAAGAUGGGGUGAUAAACCAGGAUGCUGCUUCUUAGGGAGACUUGCUCAAGGUGUUUCUCCAAGUCAUAGAAGUGAAGGAUGGGAGAGGCUGUAACUGCUGACAUUUGCACAAGGAGUUUCACGUCAAGUCUCGCUUGACCUGCACUUUGAUCUUCCACUGUGGAUGUAUUGUGACUGUAAUCUCACCCUCGUCCCACUAGAGAAGAACAGAUGCUGAUACAGAUUGGCCUCACUGCGCAGUCUGCUGCUGUUGUGUCCCAGCAAUGCCCUGGGUAACACAGUCGGUCUCUGAACAGAUACUAAUACAAUGAUGGGUCUCUGGAAUGAUGUUCUAGCUGAACAGGGUGGAAAAACAAAGGUCUUAACUGCAAGCUUGAGCUUGGGAGCUUGAGUGGAGCAGAUAACAGGAAAGACUGCACUUGCAGUCCCUUGCUGUUUGCUGUCUCAUUAGUGCUGGGUGCAAGCCUCUGGUAAUGCAUUUGGUGAAAAGUCUUGGCUGUGGGUAUCCCUUGAGAAGAUGCUGGUUCCUUGGUUUGGAGCUGCAGUGCUGUGGAGUGGUCAGUGUGUGCUCAGCACUGGCAGGUAGCGAUAGAGGAGUGUUCUGUCAAGGCCACAGGCUCUGCACUCCAGCUAAACUGGAGAACUCCACAAAGUUGAUUUUUUCAGUGCUGAAGCAUUGAAACACCUUCCAGUGACUUCUUGGGAAGGGGCAAGGGAACAGUGCUGAGUUAGCAACCUUUUAAAUUAUGGAAAAUGUAGAUCUUGUGAAAAUUCAGCUGCACUGAAUGAUUUCUUUUAUGGCUGGCUAGUUGCUCUUUUUAAAAGCAGGAUGAUAACUGUAACUGCCUGAGACGCUAGGCAAGAUAAGAGGAAUGCCAUGCUCUGCACAGCCAGUGCUGUACCAGCUUGCUUACUGAAGUCUGAAAGGGAAGCUGAGGAUAUUGAUGAGCUCAUGUACAGCCUGAAGCGUUUGUUGCACUUAAAGCAACUAAAUUCAGCAAAUUCAAUCAUUUUAAAGUGCCUUUGUGAUUAGUUUCCUUCAUUCCAGCUGACUCUAAACAUCUUUCUGACAGAGUUCAAGAGAAGUGAAAAGCUCACAACUUGAACCAAACCCCACCUUAGUUCUCUUCUAGGUCCACUGAAGGGGCUGACCCCACCCAGCUGGUGGGGCUCAAAUCUUCAGGCACCCUGCCUACCACUGCUCUGAACUCCCAACCCUCUGAGAUUUUGGGGGACUUUUGCUGGGGGUCACAAAUGUGAGUGGAGGUACCUGGUGAGGUAGUGAUGGUCCAUACAUUUCUGACUGGGAACAACUGCUCUUCCUUCUUAUAGCAACCUACAGUUGUGACCCAACCCACCCCUUACUCCCUUGCUGUCCCUAAUAGUAUUUACUGGAGCCUGGAACAAAAGGGUGAAUGGAGAGCAAGCUUCUGUCCCUGGGAAGUGAUGCUGACAAACAGGCUUCAGGCACUUCUGUGGGAAGCCUGUGGUGGCUCAUACUGGAGAUUUUUCUUGAUUAGAUUUCUUCUGCAAGCACGGGCCUGGCUUAAGCACGGGGUGUCUGCAGAUGGUGCAGUUGCUGUUUCACACCACUGGGGAGUGAGGAUGUUGGUGCGGAACAGCACAGCAAGCUGUUGGCUGGAAGCUGACAGACGCCUUAAUGACUUGCUGUGCUGGAGAUCCACGGCUUGUGCAGCUUCACAUACUGUUUGGACAUGGACCUGUAGUAAGGGGAGAGGCUGGAGGUUUUGUACCUCCAGUGUUAGCAGUAGGCAAGUCCUUCCUACAAGCAGUAGAGUGGAUACUGCAGUAAAUGCACAGCUCUUAGGGAGAGCUUGUGAGAGUGACAAAAAUACAAACCUUCCACUACCCUGUGAAACAGAAAAGGAAGUCUUAGAACUAAGGCAUUGUACCUGCAAUGUUUGUCUGGAGUUCUUGUACAAAUGUAUUUUUCCAGUCUGCACACUUUGUGUAACAAUUCUACUUGUAAUAAAAUGCAUAACUAAAUACUA